UUUAAGAAACGAAACUAUUCAAACGAAGCAAAUAAUCAACUGGUGCUCUUGUAAUUCACAAGUCAAGCGUUUGAUUUUUUUUCCAUGUUGUCAUCGCUGGAGAUUAACUGAAGGCUGAUGGAGACCCUGGAGAUGAUAAACUGCACUGUCAGACACAAAUCAAAUGGAGAUGCAGAGAGUAGGCGGGGAAGCUGAUCUUAGUGAGCGUUACAUCAAAUGAGUUUUUGUUCAAGCGUUUUGCAUUAUGAAGGAAUAUUUUCUUUUUCAACUUUAAAAUGGACAAGUUGUUUAUGACGCACCUCACCUCGGGAUACUUCGACAGAAAGUUUCCACAUCAGGUUUAAUCCGAGUACCUGUUUCCUGAUGGAGUCCUCAGGUGGUCAUGAUGAUGAGUGGUUGAGCUCGGAUGAAUCUGAGUUUACUCUCCAUCCUUCGGUGAAUAACUCGACUGUUCCCCCCCAAACGCUUCUGGUGCUGGAGACUCUGAUGGUGUUCAUGAGUCUGGCCGCGGUCAUGGGAAAUGCCCUGGUCAUUGUGAUUGUGGCAGCCACUAAAACCUUCCACACUGUCACCUCUGUCCUCAUCAUUAAUCUGGCCAUUAGUGAUUUCUUUGUGGGUAUCGGAGUCAUGCCUUUUGUGGCAGUUUCCAUUAUGAACAACGGAUGGGUCAACUGCAAAAAUCUCUGUCUGUUUGUCGGCUACACAUCCUCAGUCUGCUGCACUGCAUCAAUCUUAACACUCGCUGCUAUCGCUCUUGACCGUUACUUCUCCAUCGUGGACUGUCUGCGGUAUGACUCGCGCUGCACAGUAUGGAGAGCGGGUUCAGCGGUGCUAUGGAUCUGGCUGCAGGCUAUGGUGACCUGCUGUCCUCCUCUCCUGGGCUGGAGCACCAUUGCUUAUGUGGCUCCAGUCUUCAGCUGCACCGUCAUCUGGGCCAACAGUCCAAGCUAUACGGUCACAACAGCCUGCUUUUCCUUCCUUCUCCCAGCUGUAAUCAUCCUCUUCUGUUACGCAAAGAUUGUCCGAGUCGCACGGUACCACUCUAGAAGGAUCCACAGCCUAGAAGAACAUCUCCAGCGCAGUAGAUCCAACCUGAAUCUCUCACUCAUAGACUCCAACACUCCAUCCAGACUAGUCUACCAUGUAAGCGGGAGGUUUGUGAUGGAUCGAUUGGAAGAGAAUGCUCCAGAUGCACCAGCUAUUGGACGUUUUCAGUCCUUCCUGACUCAGAUCCACCCUCAGCAUCUCAAUCAACCUCACCAUCAUGGAGUCCUGAGGUUGUUUUUGAUUAUUGGUGCUUUCUUUUUGUGCUGGACACCCUAUAUUAGUGUAGCUCUGGUGCAGGCCAUUGAAACCUCCCUGUCCCGACCCAACAGCCUCAUCCCUCCAUCAGCAGUCACUUUCUCCUAUUGGCUGGUGCUGUUUAAUUCAGAUAUCAACCCGCUUCUGUAUGCGCUUCUCAGUAAGCGCUUCCAAGGGGCCUUGCAGAGCUUGCGAUGGAAAAUCCAUGGAAGGUUGAGGAGCAUUUUGGGAAGUGGAGAAAAGGAGAGGUCUGUAGGUGGAGGUGAGAGUGACCCAACCAAUGGGACGACCCAAAGCUCCUCAAGAAAUGGAGCAGAUUUGUCCUAUCCCUCUGUUAUCAGCCUCAGCUCACAGUUUCCCAAUAGUUUCAGCGAGCAGCUCAAUAGUUCUCCGUUGGCUAAUUCUUGUCGUCCUGUUUGUGAUAAAUGUUGUGGAGAGCGGUUGAGGGGGGUGGACCACCUGCAGGUUCCUUCCAAACAGCGCGAGAGGAGCAGGCUCCCUUAUUCUGCUGCUACUAAGAAGAAACAAGCUACCUUCUUUUAUGGACAGAUCACUGUAAGAGUGGAACAUGACAUUUCUUGAAAAUAAAAACAGCUUUGCCAUCACAGGACCCUGGAUCA